AUGGUGAAACGUUCAGCCAAGGCCAGAUCGCUUGGGAAGCGAAUCUCUGCGCAGAACAGGAAGAGCUGGAAGCCAAAGAAGGUGUCUCCCCAGAAGCCGCCCUGCAAGGUCCCUCCACCCCCAAAGUUGCCCCCGGACCUGCAGGACUGCGCACGAAACUUUACGGCAGCGUGCUAUCGUGCCCUAUAUCAGAUCCCGUUCGCCAGCACCCCUGUCCCGGGAUACGAGCCGGCCGUUAACACACCAUAUAUCCCCAACGGAACUCAUCCCGCUCCACACUCUGUAGACGGUGCUCAGGCUCCGGUGCCACUCCGGUCACCGCAAAACGGAGGCGAAUCCGACAUUGACAUUGACAUUGUGCAGUCCUUCAUCUUGCCGCAGUCGAUGCUCCUGUAUCAAGUGGACGACAUUUACUACUCCAGCAAGAGCAACCUCUCGGGGUUCCCAGACACGUUUCUCGACGCCCUGGACACUGCCACAAGACGGAUUUCAAUACGACCGGCGACAGCCCCGGUCAUCUCCAUCUCCUACGGCGAGAGCGAGCUCGACGUGCCAAAAAAGUACAUGCAGCGCCAGUGCAACGAGUUCCUCAAGCUCGGGCUGCAGGGCACCACAGUCCUCGUCUCAUCAGGAGACUACGGCGUGGGCAUCGGCCCCGGCGCAAACGCCUGCCUCAACGGCUCCGGCCAAACCAACACCAUCUACAACCCCGGCAACCCCUCCAUCGUCCACGACGCCGAGGUCGCGCUCCAGACGCCCCUCCCCGGCACCGAGUUGUUCGCCAGCGGAGGCGGCUUCUCCAACUACUUCCCCGCCCCGGAGUACCAGCGGUCCGCCGUGCAGUCGUACCUGGCGCGCCAUGACCCAGGCCACCGUUUCUACGUCGCCGACGACAACGCAUCUAAUAUCGGCGCCGACGGCGGCCUGUAUAAUCGCGCCGGUCGCGGGAUCCCCGACGUCGCAGCCAACGGGGCCAAUUUCCGCGCCUUUACGAAUGGUUCUGACGGCCACUGUUCGGAACUAGUCUCGCCGCACUGCUGUGGAGCGCCGUCAUCACCCUGA